GGUCUAUAUCUAUUGCCGGUGCUUGGACAUGGUUGCAUUGUGGCUGGCUUCUUCAGCUCUGCUGAAACAUGGAAAAUUAGCUCUUAGAGCAGAUCGGCAAAGGAUGGAAAAAUCUCACAGAGUCUGCAAGAAUUGUGUUGCAAAUCAUUAUUGGCUCCACAUGGACAAUCACGGAAAGAGUUUCAUCAAGGUUAUGAUUACUGAUUUCAAAAAUGGAGUGACUAUACCAGCGAAGUUUGCACGCAAUUUCGGAGGGCAGAUGUCUGGAACAGUCAAACUCGAAACUCGCAAUGGUAAAACAUAUGAAGUUCAAGUUGCCAAGGAACUAAACAAUCUUGUCCUCCGAUCUGGAUGGGAAAGAUUUGCCAGUGCUUAUGAGCUUGAAAAGGGUGACAUUUUGGUGUUCAUAUACAGUGGAAACUCCCACUUCAAAGUCUGGAUUUAUGAUCCAAGUGCUUGUGAGAAAGGAUUACCCUGUAUCAUAACGGAACAGCUUCCUCGUGUACAACAAAGGAGCAUCUCUCAUAAUAAUCAUACUCAAUUGAAAAGGAAUGCAAAGUCAGCUAAGCUGUAUGUUGAUAGCUCUGGUCACAGUAAGGAAACUUCAGAGAUAAAUCCAGCAAACUCUCCUUCAUGGAAACCAACUGAAAGGGUCCCAUCUUCUGAAGAACUUGAUGAACCCGUGGAUUUGGCCAACGUCCAGAAGGCAACCAAGUCUUUCUAUUCGUUACCAAGGAUGUGCAAUAUGACCAGUGCACAAAAGGCUGAAGUAGAUGCUCUUGAGAAGAGAAUUAAACCUCAAAUUCCAUUUUACAUCACAGUCAUGGACAAAGCAAGUGCGACUGACGGAUUACUGGCCAUCUCGAAGGAUUAUGCUGUCAGUUACCUUCUUGACAAAAAUGAGACCAUCAAACUAUGUCAUUCUGGUCGUAGCAUGACAUGGGAUAUCAGUUUGGACAUUGACACUGAUGAUCAGUAUGCCCUUUCAACUGGUUGGUUGGACUUCAUUCGCAACAAUCAUUUGCAAGAAGGUGAUAUCUGCGUAUUCGAAGCAUCAAAAAACAAGAGGGGAGUUGCAUUGAUAUUUCAUCCUUUGAAGCAGAGCCAUCACCCAAAACCGCCAGGAUGUGUUCCUUCCACCAAGUUUCCUAGGCAUGGAGUUAGUAAGCCUAACUACAUUGUGUCAAGAUUUACCACUCUAUCUGGUCAGCUUAAAAUAAAAGUGGAAGCCAAAGUACAAGCUAUUCAAUCCGAAAUCCCCAUUUUUGUAGCUGUCAUGCGGGAAAGCUUCAUUAGAGGCAGGUCAAGAUAUAUGUGCUUCAGUGCAAAAUAUGCUGCCAAAUAUCUCCCACGGGAGAAGAACAAAAUUAUGAGGCUUCGACUGCCCAAUAAGAGCUACAAGUAUAAGGCUGUAUUCAAGAUCAAUAACAAAGUUCAUAAACUUGGUGGAGGAUGGGGGAAAUUUGUCGAUGACAACAAAAUAAAACUAGGUGAUAUCUGCCUCUUCCAGCUCAUGAAAAACAAGAAGAAGCUCAUGAUGAUGGUCCAUAUCAUCCGAAAAUCUGAGUUCUGCUGAUCCAUCUUUUGAUGUUGGUGAUGUUGCCCUUUUGUAAAUAGUUAAUGGCAGUGCUUUUGAGUUAGAAAUGGUAAUGCUUGUAGCUAGUUUAUCCAGUCUGAAUGCUAUGAAGGAUGAACUUUCAUGAACCUAUAUAAGUAUAUAUCAUUACCGAGAUAUGGAUUGGGAUCAGGUGCAGUCCCAACUACAAUUUCUAGCCCAGUGCCUAAAUAAGACGAUAGUCAAACGUUAGACAUAGAAACCCGCAACUGCAUUUAAGAUGAGACGGAGGGAGUAUUCCUUUAAAGAAAAUCUCCUAGCACCCAAGGA